AUGGAAGGAAGCAAGACGAAGAAAAUGGAAGAAGUUAUCGAUGAAUGGCGAUCGACCAACAUGGAAUCACGUUGGUGUUACAACGAUGUUCGUGUCGAACCUUCCACCAGAGGUAAUAAAAAGACGUCAUUUACGAUGACUUUUGCUAAGUUUGGCAAGGUGGUGGACGUCUAUAUCGUGACAAAGAAGGAUGCUAAGACGAAGUGUUUUGCAUUUGUAAGAUUCAAAAAGGUCGUAGUCGAACAUGGGCUAGAGAAAACUCUUCAAGGAGUCAAAUGUGGUGGUCGAAUCCAGUACGUGAACAUCGUGAUGUUUGAAAGAAAACCUGCUGGUGCUCCAUCUAAAUGUAGAAACGUGAGAAGUCGGCUCGACCCCAGCCAGGGGCUCUGCCCCUUGGACCCCGCCAGGGGCUGCCGCCCCUUAGACCCCGCUCCCAGGGGCGCUGCCCCCGGACAGUGUACUUUGAAAACUUGA